UUAUUGCGCUGUCACGCUCACUUCUACGCUAUAGUCACAAAAUCCACUGCGAACCGAAGAUUUGAAUCGAGCGAAGACUCAAGUGGGCUAUGUCAGUGAAGACGUAGGCUACAUUUUAAAGGUAGUCGACUUCGUGCGCCUCUAACCUGAAGAGGCUUUCAUUGCAAAUUUGGGAAAGGAUACAAAGGUAAUGUAGGAUACAGUAGCCGAAUACAACCGAUAUUCUUGUAAACGGAAACAGUAGUAUAGUAACAUUAGCCAUCGUUUGAAAAAGCAUUUAGAUUACGUGAAGUAGCCUACAGUUAAACUGUUAUUAAUUGUUCAUCGGGAGAGAAAAGCGAGCAGUUUAAGGUGAGCAGUAGCAAUGGACCUGGAAUUGGGGAACAUGUUCUUCAUUGCCGGAGGGACUUUGGCCAUUCCUAUUCUGGCUUUUGUGGCCUCAUUCCUGCUAUGGCCUGCAGCUCUGAUCAGGGUGUACUACUGGUACUGGAGGAGGGCCCUCGGCCUACAGGUGCGUUACGCUGACUGUGAGUCAUACCGCUUCUGCUACUCGACCAGAGGGAAGCCGGGGAGCAAGCCGUCCGUCCUGAUGCUGCACGGCUUCUCCACUCACAAAGACAUGUGGCUGUCUGUGGUCAAGUUCUUGCCGAAACACCUGCACCUCGUGUGUGUGGACAUGCCUGGACAUGAAGGGACUUCACGCACCAAUGCCUCGGACUACUCCAUAGACGGGCAGGUCACAAGGAUCCACCAGUUUGUGGACAAUAUCCGGCUGAACAAGAAGCCCUUCCAUGUGGUCGGCACAUCCAUGGGAGGAAACGUGGCUGGAGUUUAUGCUGCCCGCUACCCCUCAGACGUCUCUGGCCUCACGCUCAUCUGUCCUGCAGGUCUGAAUCAGCCUCAUGAAAGCAAGUUUGUCAAGCACCUGCGGGUCUUAGAGAAGACCCAGAACAUCCAGACCAUCCCGCUCAUACCGUCCACGUCUGAGGAGAUGGACCAAAUGAUAAAGCUUGUCUCGCAUAUCCGUUACAAGAUCCCUCAACAGAUUCUUCAGGGAUUAGUGGAUGUUCGAAUACCUCACAAUGAUUUCUAUCGAGAAGCAUUCAUGGAGAUAGUGGGGGAGAACUCAAGAUAUUCCUUGCAUGACAACAUGCACUUGAUCACAGCUCCUGUGCAAGUCAUUUGGGGAAAACAGGAUCAGGUGGUGGAUGUCUCUGGAGCCUCAGUGUUAGCAGAUGCCCUGCCUGAGUGUCAGGUGCACCUUCUGGACAACUGUGGUCACUCAGUGCCUGUAGAAAGGCCUCGUAAAAUCGCCACCCUCAUGACAGACUUUCUCAUCGCCCAGCAAAACGUGGGAAACGGCAGCAGCAAGAAGCUCUCCUGAGGCAGCACCCACAUCCCCCAGGAGGAGAAAAUAACUUUAAGAAUUUGUACAUAUAAUUUUACAAUGUGUACAUUUCUGACCCAGUCAUCUCUCAGGGAAUCACCCCAAAUCCCUCUGUUCUCUCUUCUCCGUACUGUUAUUGUGCAGGGGGUUAUGCACAGUAUUUUAGGGCAUUUCAGGCACUUUACAGUGAAAAGGAAUCAGAAUUGAAUAAUGAAGAAAAUUAUUUAAAUGUGUGGCUGUUUUAGUGUUUCCUUCAGCUCAUUUCUGCAUGUAUUUUCUCUCAGAGUGGUCUUGUCUUAUUUGUGCAUCGUUUGGUGUAUGUUUUCGUUCAUUUUGAACUAUAGACACACUCAAGCAAGUCAUGUCCAGGCUGUUGAGUGUGCAAUAGUCACAAUGAUUCUAUGAAGCCAUUUCUGGACAGCAGUAGCAGGACAUUAGCAGAGGUACCACAGAAUUUGUUACUCCUGAAAAAGACUUGAACAGAUCAUUCAACCACAUAAUUUACAUUCUCUUAAGACUUCACAGAUUCUAUUCAUAUGCAGCAGGUUUGUGUCCUGUUUCUGAGAGAUCCACGAACCAGGGGCUGAACAGCUCGUACAGAAUGUAAAUGUAAAUGUAGUUUUACACCGAAAUUCACUGCAUUUUUUUAUUCAAUUGUUAUUUCUGCUUGAAUGUGGUACUAAAAAGUACUACUUUAGAGACAUAGACAAGAUGUGGUGAACACAAACAAUAUGAUUAUUUAAAUACAGUACAAUACACCACUGUAUGAAUACAGUGCAGUGUAAUAUGCAUUCACUUACCUGGGAAAUUGUAACAUAGGAUAUUAUGCAAUAAAUUGGAGUUUUGUGGAAUAAAAAUGGCAAAUAAAUUAUGGUAUAAUUAAAGCAGGACAAAUCUACCUAUCUAAACUAAGUCUAUGGUAUUUAAUACAUUAUACAUAUAAUAUAUGAAUAUUGUAUGCAUAUUGUAUUGCUAAUAAUAUUGUAUACUAAAUUUAAUUGUUUUAAUAUAUGUAUUAAUAAAAUCAAUACAUUCAUAGAAAUUCUGAAUUCUGUGUAAAAAAGUUAUUGUAUUUUGUAUUGAUCCUGCAGUGUAUGAUGUUAGGUAUGGAUGAGCUUACGUUCAUUAAAGGAUAAUUUGCCUCAGA